AUGUCUGAAAACAAUCAAAAGGAAUAGUAAGAAUUAAAAGAGUAAAAGGAGCUCAAAGAAGCGAAGGAAUUAAAAGAAUAAAAAGAGCUCAAAGAAAUCAAAGAUAGACAUCACUAGCUAAGAAAAUGCUGUAAAAAUAUCUUUGAUGAUCUCAAAACUCUAGAAGAGUAUGAGAAAUAAAUGAAGAAAGAAAAAGCACAAAAGAAAAAGAAAGAGAAAAAGUAAGAAGAAAAUAAGAAAGAAGGAGAGUCUAAACCUCUUGUCGAAGAAAUCACUGAAUAAAAAGAAUAAGUUGAGGAAGAAAUUCCUGAGAAAAAGUAGGACUUAGAAAUAAAAGACAAAACUAAAAAUGAAAAUACUGAGAACAAAGAAAAUGAAAACCCAGAUGUUGAACACAAAGAGGAUGAAGAAGAGGAAGAAGAAGCCCCUACGGUUGAUUGUGAUUUACUUUUUAUCAUGGAUUGCACUGGAUCUAUGUCUUCAUAUAUAAAUAUGUGCAGGACUUAACUCUUCUUAAUAGUGGAAUAAGUUAAGAAGCAAUUUUAGAAAUCAACUCUUAAAAUAGGAUUUGUUGGUUUCAGAGAUUUUGGUGAUAAUAAUCAAUUUGAGAUAUACUAAUUCACAACUGAAUAUGACAAAUUAAAAAGCUUUAUUAAUAGUGUUUCUGCAACUGGUGGUAAUGACACAGCUGAAGAUGUAGCAGGUGCUUUUGAAAAGGCCUUAGAAAUGAAUUGGACUUGUGAAGCUAAAUAUGCUAUCUUGAUUACUGAUGCUUAUCCUCAUGGCAACAAGUAUUGCAAAAGUAAUAGUGGAGAUAGAUACCCCAGCGGUGAUCCUAAUGGCAGAGUCCCUGAAAAUUAGAUUAUUUAAAUGAUUAAGAAGGGUAUUACUUUUUAUGGAUUGGAUGUUUCUAGCACUUCAAAUUAAAUGUAUUCAAUUUUCAACUAAGUUGUUCUUAGGUAAACAGGUAAGAAUAUGGACCGUAUCUCUAUGAGCAAUAAUAAUAAUAAUGCUAACAAUAAUGGUGGAGGAUUAGGUGAUUUACCUGCUUUUGCUAAAGCUAUUUCCACUUCUGUUACUGCUACUAUUACUUAAACCAUUACUGCUAAGACUUUAAAAUCUCAGUCAGAUGUUUUUAAUUCUAAGAUUAUGAGAAUUAUAAACAAUAAUCGUAAAUUCGGAACAAGAUUUUCAAAGACAAAUAUGUCUUCUAAAACCGAAGAUGAUGCUCUUGAGGAGUAUAAUAAUUUCCGUGCUCGCUAUUAUGACUACGACAGCUCUUCUAAUUCUGAUUAUUCAGAUAGCUUUUAUGAAGAUAGCAGUGAUGAAGAAGAAAGUUAUAUCAGGAUGCGUGGUGACUUUUCUUUUGAAAGAGUGACAUCAAAUAGUAAUCGUGGAAAUGUCAACAAGAUAAAUAGAGAGAAUAAUAAUUAUUAUAAAAAAUAUGAGCAAGAUUAAAUAAUUUAAAUGAAUGCAAGAAGAAAUUAUACAAUAGAAAGAGAUGAAUACGAAUUUAGUUCUAAUAUUGAUAAAUUAUAGUAAUAAAAACGUGAAGAUAGAAUAGAAUUAAUGACAAACAUUAUUCAUGAAGAAGAUGAGGAGGAUAUUGAAGAAUAUGAUGACGAGGAAUACGUAAAAAGACGUAAAAAUAGAGUUCUUGCUCGUUCUAACUUAUCCAUCAGUACAGCUUGCUCCUAUUCAGAUUAAGAUUUACUUGAAAAUUUAGAAAAUAUAGAUGCAAUUAAGCCUUCAGUUAGAACAGGAAUCAUCUAUGAAGAUGUCAUUGAAGAAGUUGAAGAAACAGUACCUGCUUUCAAGCAUAAAGAAGAAGAACUGGAUAAGAAUAUUCAAAUUCCUAUGAAAGAAAAAAAGAGAGUCUAAGACGAAGAUGCUAAAGAAAGAAGGGUCGAUCCUUAUAUAAAAAAAGUAAGAGAAGACGAGAAGGUUAAAGUAUUUUAAAGUAUCUGCUAUAGUUUUUAAAUCGAUGAUUCGAAAGAAAUUAAUUGGGAAGAGCCUUAGUUAGUAUAAAAUCAGAUCAAGACAACUUUGACAGUAAACAAAGAAAAGUUUUCUGAAGGAGCUAUGAGAGAAGCCUUCAAAGCCUCAGAUUAAGAUUUCGAUAUCGAACUUGUUGCAAAGCUCCACAAAGAAAUCGAAUUAAAUAGAAAAUAUAAUUUUUUGAAAAAUGAACUUACUGCAUUAAUCCUCGCUCAAUUCUUUUUAACUGAAUUCAACCAAAGAAUCUUGUUUACAAUGGAUGAAAGUGAACUACCUCCAUAGAUCUUAAGGUUUGUUGAUUGUUACAUCUAUGAAGUCAAAGAAGAGGGUGAAAGAAAUUCAUAUUUCUACUCAGUUGAAAAUUUCAUGAAAGGAGACUUUUAAAAAUAUAAUAAUAAUGCUGGUUAUGUUAUUGAUGGCGAUAUGAGAAAAGAGUCCUAAUUGAGUUAAGCCUUUUCCCACUUUACUUGGUAAUAUUCUUAAGGUAAUUGUAUGGUUGUAGAUCUUCAAGGUACUGAAGAUGGUCAAUUAACUGAUCCUUAAAUUCACACUCUCAAAAAAACUAAAAAAUUCGGUUAGGGUGAUCUUGGAUAUGAAGGUAUUUUAAGAUUCUUUAGAACUCAUACCUGUACUGCUUUCUGUAAAAGUCUUUAGUUGAUCCACCCUAAAAAUCAUAGAAAUGUUGCUGAUGACUAUAAAUUUGAAGAUUUCCAUGCUUUGUAGUAGUAAUAGAGAGAAAAGUAAAAGAAAUUGAGAUAACAAUUUAAUUUUGAUGACGAAAGUGAUAACGAAGAAGAUGACGUUGAAGAGGAGGAGGAAGUAGAAGAAUAAAAGGAGUAGGUUAAUGAAGAAGUAAAAGAAAAUGCAGAAAAAAGUUAACCAAUAAGCAAAGACUUUGAACAUGAAAAAAUUGAGGAAAUCAGUAAAACUAUUCCUGCUAUUAAGGCUACUGAGAUAGAAUCAAAAGCUCCUUUAGAUAUUACAUUGGUUAAAAUGGAAGAAAAAAAAUUUAUUCAUUUUGAAGAAGCAGAGGAUGGUGUCUUUGGUAUUGAUGAAUUCUUCACAUUGAAGGUAGAUUAGAAACUAAUAGAUUCUUAUGUUCCUCCUGAUCCAUCUAAAAUUUCAAUCAAAAUCAAGGGUCGUACAGUUCCAAAAGCAGUUAAGGCAGUUGAUCCCAAUAAUUAUGACUACUCAGAAGUUAAGAGAGAUUGUACAAAGAUGAUUUGCUCUCUUUGUAAAAAGGUUGGAGAAUAUAACACUAAAAAUUUACUAUAAACUAAGAAAAAACUAAAUUAACUCAUCUGCAAUAAGUGUGAAGAGCUAUCUGCAGAAGCUCCUAAAAUGACCUUCGAUUGCUAAGUUUGCAAAGAUGUAUUUGAUAUAUCUUCAUAUGUAUUAAAGAUGAAAAGAAUCGAUAAGGCAUAUAGAUGUGAGAAAUGCUCUUUAUUCUGA